AAUGGAAUUAGAUAUUUCAUAAUUGGUUGAUAAAACAGUUAGAAGCAUUCCAAAUUAUCCUAAACCUGGAAUAAAUUUUAGAGAUAUAUGUCCUUUAUUAAAAAACAUAGAGGUCUUAAACAAAGUGAUCGAUUAUUUCGUAGCAAAAAUCAACUUUGAAUUUGAUUAUAUUGCAGGAUUAGAAUCAAGAGGAUUUCUUUUCGGAAUUUUAUUAUCAUAAAGAAUGAACAAAGGUUUCAUUCCAAUUCGUAAGAAGAACAAGUUACCAGGAGAGAAGAUAUCUUUAGAAUACAAAUUGGAGUAUGGUAGUGAUAUAAUAGAGAUUCAAGCAGAUGCUUUUGAACCAGGAUCUAAAAUUUUAAUUUGUGACGAUUUAUUAGGUAUAUAAUUUAUUAUAUGCUUAGCAACUGGAGGAACAGCUGUAGCUGCAAAUGAAUUAAUCAAUAAAGCUUAAGGUACUACUGUUGGAUUUGUUUUUGUGAUUGAAUUAAAAGAUUUGAAAGGGAAAGAGAGAUUUGACCCAAAACUUCCUGUAAUCGUAGCUCUUUGCGAUUGAU